AUGACUUCUCGGAUGAAUACGAUUCUUAUUAUCGGAGGAAGCUCGGGUAUUGGUGAGGCCUUUGCCCGUCGCUUCCAUGCUUCAGGGAAAAGAGUUAUUGUCACUGGUCGACGGGCAAACCGCCUGUUAGCCUUGACGACUGAGCUUCCGGGAAUGGAGUCUCGACAGUGGGACAUUGCAGAUAUCGCCGGACUACAGACGCACGUCUCCGAGAUCAUCGCAGCCUACCCGACCCUAGACACAGUCUUUAUCAAUGCUGGGAUUCAAAAGUGCUUUUCGAUGCUUGAUCCAAGUACCACGAGUAUUGAUAGCAUCGCUUCGGAGAUAAGCAUCAACUUGACUGCGCCAACGCUGUUGACUCACCUGUUUAUCCCGCAUCUGAUGGCGAUUGCGUCGGCGGGUAAGCCGGCCAACUUGCUCGUUACCAGCUCGUCUAUUGGUUACACGCCCCUGCCAUUCUACCCGGCCUACUGUGCUUCCAAGGCAGGUGUACAUGCCAUGUGCAUCUCCCUGCGCGAGCAACUGGGGUUCGCGCCGGAGCUGGUCCGCCGGAAUUUGUGUCUUGUUGAAGUGGUUCCACCAUACACGGACACGGCUUUGGAUACAGAGCACCGAGAGGCGACGAUUGCGAUGCAGGGGGAAAACCCCGUUGUACCGAUGCCUCUGAAAGAGUAUAUCGAUCAGGCGUACAAGAGUCUAAACGAGCUUAAUGAGCAUGACCGGCUGAAGAAAGAGGUUGCGGUGGGCUUUGGCCAGGUGAAUGUUGACAUAUGGAGGCAAAGUUUUGGCAAGGUGCUUGAAGGUAUGGGAUUUGAGUGUUGA